AUGAAAUUAGCGAAGAGUGCCAGAGGCGUCCUCAAGAGCCUACGGCCAAAACAGACCAUCCUACAGUCAACAAAGACUUCAAAGACACCAUCGUCGCGUUACCAUGUCUUGCUAAGCGACUCCGGGGUGGGAGACACGCCUGAGAAGGAAGCUGAACCCGAGUCUGCGUCAACGCGUCAUCGGGAGAAGGCACAGCGGCCCGCAGCAGGGAUCCAAGGGAAGGAAGUGAGAGAGCGUCUGGAGCAAGGCAACAUGGGGCACCCUUCGAUUGCCAUUCACGAGGAUGCACAAGAACAGCUUCAUGGUGAUCAAGAAGAGGUGGACAACAUGGCGCGGCUCGCGGAAGAAGAGGACUCUCUCGAUGAUUCCUUCUCAGAAGACUCAGAGCAGAGCGAGGACGACGUCGAUGAGAGUGUAGUCGAUGACAUGCGCAGACUUGAGGAAAGCUUCAAAGGCAUCUCCCAAAAAUACCGACUUAUCAACCGCAUCGGUGAAGGCACCUUCUCUACCGUGUACAAGGCAGAGCAGCUUGUUCAGCCAGACGAACUAGAUCAGGAGAAUGAAGACCCUACAAACGAGUCUGAGGCUCCCCCUACUAAGAGGCGGAAAACAAAUGUCGCGUCUGGCAUGGUCAAUAGGUCACGGAGGAAGGGAUUGAUUGUCGCAUUGAAAAAGAUCUAUGUGACGUCUUCACCUCAUCGCAUCAUGAAUGAGUUGGAGCUUCUACACGAAUUACGGCAUUCGCCAUACAUCUGUCCAUUGUUGACAGCUUUCCGUCACCUGGACCAAGUCGUCGCGGUCUUGCCAUAUUUCAGGCACCUCGAUUUUCGCUUGUACUAUCGAGACUUCCUCAUCAAUGACAUGCGACAUUAUUUUCGUUGCCUCUUCAACGGCCUGGCCCAUGUGCACAAAGCGGGGAUCCUUCAUCGCGACAUCAAACCCACCAAUUUCCUUUACGACCACUCUAGGAGGCAAGGUGUUCUGGUCGACUUUGGCCUAGCUGAGAGGCAAGGGACGGAUUGGCAACCAUGCCUCUGCACAGAGUCAAGGGAGAGAAGAAGAGAUAAGUUUAUCAACUCAUAUGCGGUUCAGGUUCUGCAGUCCUCCCCCGAACAGAUGUCGACCGGGUUUCCCAAGAAUGACAGCCGAUCAUCUCGAAGGGCGAACAGAGCAGGGACCCGGGGUUUUCGAGCACCUGAGGUCUUGUUGAAAUGCACCUCGCAGACGACCAAAAUCGAUAUCUGGUCAGCUGGUGUGAUCCUCCUAACCCUUUUGGCCCGACGAUUUCCAUUCUUCAAUAGCGCCGACGAUGUUGAUGCCAUGAUUGAAAUGGCUUCGAUAUUUGGUCGGAAGAAGAUGCAAUCUGUGGCAGCAAUGCAUGGCCAACUUUUUGAGACCAACAUCGAGACCAUUGGCGAACGUGGUUUUACUUUUGAAAAGAUCAUCAUCUGGGCAAGUUGCCGCGAGAAAGAGCAAGACACUCUUCGGCCGGGCGAGGCUCAAGCAGUCGCAUUUUUGCACGGACUUCUUGAACUCGACUCUGGGAAACGAUGGACCGCAAGGGAGGCAUUGCAGCACGAGUUCCUUACGGCACCCGUGGAGGACGAGGAGGAGCGAGCGGAGAGAGAAGCUCAAGAAGCAUUUGAGGAAGAGGCGAGAGGGGCACGUCGGUGAUUUCGUGGAUGCAUGAUGGCGAAGGCCGUGUCUCUGGUGUCUUCAUCGAGAUAUGUUUGUUGAUGCAUUCGAAGCUGGCGAAUGGGUCGGAGCUUUGUAUUACUAGCAUCUUAUACCCCCACGGCACAGCAUGGCUUUGCUUCGUUUCUGGAGUUAUUGGCAUGGUCAGAGAAAGUCUUUUUGGAGUUUGUGCAGUGCAAAUAUGAAAACCGAAGAAGGGUUGAGUGUUUGGAGGUACAUCACGGCUACUCAUGCAACCGUCAUGUCUAGGUACAAAGUCCGCUAAUUAGAGUAUAUCGAGAAUCUCAUGCAAAGGC